CUUACCACUAUCGUUAUCGGUACUUUUACCUAGCAAAGUACGACCGGGAACCAGACUACCAUCUAGCUAGAUAGAUAAAAGUACAUGUUCUUGUUUUUUUAUGAAUCCAACAUUGAAAAAUGUUUCAAAAACCCGAGGAGAGGGAACAUUUAUCACUGAUGUUAUCAGAGGUUUUAGAUGACAUUUGUAUCAAUGAAAGAAUGGUGAAGAAAAGGAGAAAAGUAGUCAUGUUGAUAGAAACCAUGAGUAAUAUGGCAUGGAAGUCAAAGGGUGACAAUUUUUCUUUAUAUUGUCUAGGAAGCCAGAGUGAAGGAACAACAACUCCGGGACUACAGUCAGACACUGACAUGGUGUAUUGUAAUAAUGAGUAUAAUAUAAUACAAGACAUGUCAGAAUGGGAGCGUGGCAAGGUAAACUAUCUCAUGAUACAGGAUGUUAACACUUCCCCUGGAUAUUGUUUCCUACAACUGUUUGAUGUUAAUACACCUCUUCCUAUUACAGUUAAUCCUGAUGCAAAUCAUAUAGUUGAUAGGAGAGGAAGAAUACUGCGUAAGAACACACUAGAAACCGAAAACUUCCAAAAUAUCACGCAACAUGGACCAUCACUUGCAAUGGAAGGGCAACAAGGAUUCAGUGACACAGACAGAGUGAUAGCAUAUCCCUGUAAAUCGUGGCCUAAAUUAGCAUCAUGUUGGUUAGAGAGACAAGAUAAAUGCAGAUGGCCAACACAAAGGAUGGGAACAGCCAGUGGCGGGUGUUUUGUUGUUCCAACUGGAAGUAAGGUCAGUGUAAAUCCUGAACUGGAAUGGAGGAUAUCUACAUCCCUGACAGAAAGAUGUCUUAUGUUUGAUUCAAAUAUAACACAGUUAAGGUGCUACUUCUUGAUGAAGAUGGUUCUUAAAUCCUGUCUAAAUCCUCGAGGGGAAAUAAACAUUUCAAGUUUCAUGUGCAAAACAGUUCUAUUACACACUAUAGAAAGCACAGAGCCAAGUUUUUGGAAAGAGAGCAAUUUAACAGAAUGUUUAAGACGCUGUUUCAUGGAAUUGCACAGUUGUGUACAAAAGGAAUAUUUGUCACAUUUCAUUAUCCGAGAAAACAAUUUGAUGGCAGGACAAUUUACCGAUGAGACAAAACAUCAACUUCUGGAAAAUAUAAGUGAUUUUAUACAGAAUGAUGUACAAUGUUUACUUACAAUCAAUAGAGAUAAUCUUGGACAAAGACUUCAAGUUAAACUGAACUUAGUACGACAAGGAGAGUACAGUUUUGAUUCUUCUCUUGAAAUGAGUGAGCAUCUGUCUGCUGAACUUUACGUCAACUUUGCACGUCAAGUAAGUUCAAAUCAUAGAGUACUGUUAAAAGACUUACAUGAUAAAGACACCAGAACAUUGAAGCAAUCUGUAGAAACACUUUUGACCUACCGAGAAAGUGGCAAUAAAUUAGAAAAGAAUGCAUACAAGUUUCUCGCACCUUUUCUUUUUAGCACAUAUGGAUCUGCUCUGGCCUCAGCAGAUAUAUGUUUGAAUAAUCAAAUAUCACCUCAAGCAUUUGUAUGGCUUUCCAGUGGUUUGGAUUCAGAUGUCUCAUCUGGUAGACUGAAAUUGGCUUCAGCGUUCUACAGUGAAGGAGAUAUGAAAAGAACUGAGCUAAUCCUGAGACAAACUGAAAGACAAUACAACUCUUGUCCUCUUUUUCAUAUCUGUAGGUGCUGUUGUAAGUGUCCAGAACGACCAACAGUGGAGUUUAAAAAAGUAUGCAAUGAGCAAAGUUUGGACUGUGUAAAACAAAUGACAGCAGAUUGUGUCAUAUUCACACAGCAGGAGGUCAAAUGUAUUCCUCAAGAGCUACAAUAUGAAUUGUUCAGAUCUACACAAGAUGACAUGUUGUUACACAGAGAAGAAAAAGAGGAUUAUUGGAUGGACUGGGUUGUAGUUGAUUCUCUACCAUUCAUCUACUUCCUACAAUAUAAGAUCUACAGGCGUCUUCAAAGAUAUCAAGACACACAACAUGCACUAUGUAAACUUAUAAGAACCAUAGAAGAAGAUAAAGAUAUUGCACAUAAAGAAACAGCUCUAAAUAUUUUAGGACAAUGCCUGGAACAAGAACACAGACCAAAACUGGCAUUAAAAUGUUACCUGCUUUCUCUCCGACAAAGGCCAAGAAACAAUGUGGCAAACGACCAUAUAUGUCGUCUUCUCUCUGGAAUGCUGGUUGGCAAGUAAAAUAAACAAAACCCUUGGAUAGCGUGGUGGCUUAAGUUUAAAAAACAUUAUGUACUAAUUGUCGGUAUGAAACGGAUUUUCAGUUUCUUCCCAUUAUUCAAGAAGCAAUAACCACUACAUGAUGUAAGAGUUGAGGUCUGUGGAAUCACUCUUUGCAAAAUGCAUCACAUUUCUGCAUGUUAUGUACAGGUGCCAGGUGAUGGUAUCAUUCCUUUGAAAAAGGAAUAAACACUGGAUGUUUAACAGUUAUAAUCUAUGGUAUAGUUCUGUGUAAGAAGGAACUUCGCCUUGCCUUGAUGAUCUUUAUUCACAUUUUUAAAAAAUAGUUUGAAUACAAUGAUUGAACAUGUAAUAGUCGUACUAUUCCGAAAAAGCAGCAAUACGUAGUUAAUGGUUAAAUUUUGUGCAAGAAGCUAUGACCACUGCAUGCUAUACUUAAGUAUUAUUCUAUAAUACAAGUAGAAGUCAACAAUGCAUCUGUAUGAUGCACACAUAUAGUUGUCCAUAUUAUCAUUCUUAGUGAUGUUGUAAACAGGGAGACAUACAUGUAGUAUCAAGUAUCAUCUUGUUCAGGUAGCAAUAAACACUACCUGUUAUAUACAGAUAGUAAGAAGUAGAGCCAGAUACUGGUAUUGUACUUCAAAAACUGAAUUUUUACAUUGAAAUUGUCAAAAAUUGUCAAAUUCAUUUUAAAGUUUUAUUGAUUUCAUCAAAACAAGUAACAAAGUGAAGACUAUGAUUAAACUUUAGGUGAUAUGGAAGAGAUUGACGAAUACUGUGAAUAAUGUGCAAACCAUUAAGUUUUAACAAUAAAUACAUGGACUUAUUAAUGCGUCACUUACAUGUAGCUAGUUGAUUCAUUUUUCUUAGACAUGACUGUAAAAGUCUCGUUAAAAAAAUCAUCAUGCUACUUUUCAUUCUGAACUCUUGAUUCUGGUAUUCAUAUAUAUAACACCGUACUCUUCAAUUGAGACAAUAAAUUCAUUAAAAGAAUGAAACUUUUGACUAUCUACUGAGAAGGAAAUGGACAUACCUUUACAUUAUAAAUAAAUGCAAUUUGAUCCAAGUUUUAGUACCUUUAACCACUGUCAACUAUAUAAGUAAAUAUCUAAAACAUGUGUGAAGAGUCUUGAUAAGAACAAAUCCAGAGACACUCCCAAAUUCGAAUCACGAAUGUUGAGAGCAUGUUUAUUUGAGAUGCAAUUUCAUUUUUGUUUAAGGCAAAGCUAUUUCAGUGGCAUAUUUAUACCGAAAUGAUUUAUAUCUAUUACAGACAUUAAGUUCAGGUUGGAACAUCGUCUGCUGGUGUACAUAGCUGCAUUACUGGUACUGGUACUGCAGUCCGUACUGCAGCGAUUUUGCAAGCACUGGUACUGAUACUGAAUUACUCUUACACAAUUUUGCUACUACUGGUACUGGUACUGCAUAACUGUCUUAAAAAGUGGUACUGCUACUGCAUUACCCAGUACUUUUGGUUUUGAUAAAAAUUUUAAAAAAGCAUCAUUUUUUCUUAUAAAAAAAAAGCUGUAAAUUACAUGAACUAUAUUUUAUUUUUGUGAAAAGUAAGUGAUAAUUUGCUGCAAUAUUCUUUCAAAUGUUAACAUAGUAUUCAUCAUAAAAAACACCAAAGACUUUAAGUAAAAAUUAAAUAAAGAUAAACAGACUCAAUAACUAUUUGCUCUAAAAUAUCCUUAUUAAAAUCUUUUAUUACUUUACUAGUAAAAGAGCAAAAUCAACACUAAUUAAUUUCCUCUAUUCUAAAUAAACCCAUUUCAAGUGAAAAAAGUGAUAUUGUUAGCACCAUAAAAAGUUGUUAUUUACUUUGGUAUAAAUUGAACAGAGGUGUGAUGGUGUGAAAGGCAACAAAAGACUGUUGUGUUUUAAAUGAAAGAUGUUUGCAUUGUAUUUAAACAGUUGACUGGUUACUA